AUGUAUUAUUUAAGCAGUAAAAAGGAGAUACGAGAGCAAGAAGGAAUAGGGAGACUGGUCACUGCGAUUGGAGACGCUUAUGGUAUUGCUCUUCUGCUGCACAUGUUGACAACCACCAUCACGUUGACUUUACUCGCUUAUCAAGCAACAAAGAUUCACGGAGUUGACACGUAUUCAGCGUCAGUGAUAGGCUACUUGUUAUACUCCCUUGGACAAGUGUUCAUGCUUUGCAUAUUUGGAAAUCGACUAAUUGAAGAGAGUUCAUCGGUGAUGGAAGCUGCAUACUCUUGUCACUGGUACGAUGGUUCAGAGGAAGCAAAAACAUUCGUGCAAAUCGUAUGUCAGCAGUGUCAGAAGGCGAUGUCAAUUUCAGGAGCGAAGUUCUUUACAGUCUCGUUGGAUCUCUUCGCUUCGGUCUUGGGAGCUAUGGUCACCUACUUUAUGGUGUUGGUGCAACUUAAGUGAAUUCUAAAUCGCGAACGAAACAACUGGAACUACAACCUGGAAAGUUUCGUAAGAGUUCAGGAGGAAACUGUGACUAAAGGACAAUUUGCAAUUAUAGAUUGCGAGGAAAAAGAUCGGUGCGUUCAAACGUUCUUUAAAGUUGUAACUAAAGAAAAUUAUUUGAUGAGUACUGUCGUUUCUUAUCUUAUUUACAAAAAUAAACCUAUCUCAUUUGUA